AUGCCUCCCAAGAAAAGUUUUCGUAAAUCCUUACCUGCACGGAUCAGUAAUCCUACUUUAUCUCCCUCUCGUCGAUCACCAAGAGGUCCGACACCAAGCAAACCUACAAAUCAACCGGCUCCGUCGGCCAAAGCUAUCGACUUCACUACUACCUCCUCCCCUCCCGAUACUUCAUACAACCCUUACCUCUAUAUUCCAAAAUCACCUUCCUCUACAGCUACCACAAAUGGGAAACUGCAGAAUUCUCCUUCGGAGACUCCUGUGAAGCGUCGUCACCAUUUCCCGGCACGACCGUCCCGACUAUCGAAUGUUUACACCCCGGCUAAAGAAGCACAACAAUCAAUAUUAACCCCAGGAAGUCGGACCACCCGAAGAGCAGCAGCACUUGGAACCCCACGGAAUCAAACGUCCGAUCAGGAAUUUCCCGAAAGUCUCGACACUACGGACUGGGGGAUCGACGCAUCCCCCACAAGCACAUCUUCCGCUACUCGUCUGUCAGCGCGAUCUCGUAAACUGACAACGCGGGCUAUCGAGGCACUCGACUCGAAGAAGAAACCCCGACAGAAGAGAACCGCGCCUACCCCGACACCUAUGGAGCCGCCUACGGAACAGGCCGAUAGUGAUAUUGAUCCGAUGAAAAUCAAGAGCAAACGGGUGAAGGGAAAGCGAGCGAAUAAGAUCUUCAAACAACUGAGAAUGAACAAACCCUCUCGCAUGAAGAUCAAGCUCACCGCGGACCAAGCCGGACAAAAGCUGUACGAGAUCGUCGUAGUUGCUUUUAAUACUGAUUUCGCACUACCGUCGGAUCCGGAGCAAUUCAUCGCAAACGCGAGAAAGCAAUUUGAGCAGCCCUCGCUGGUUAAAUCGUCCGAGGAAGAGCCUGUCAUGUCUGCCACUGCCACUCCCACUGCCUCCACUCCAAGCGACCCCGCGGCUGCGGAGGCAACACUCGGAAAUGCGGGGACUUCCAACAUGGAGGAGACCCACGUCAAUCCCAUCGGCGUCACCAACGGUGAAACAAAUGAUGAUAUCCAUGACGAGGACGAAAGUGACAAAUAUGCCAAAGUCAAUGGCGAAACUAAUGCUGAAACCAAUGGCGAACUCACCCCCGAGCCGCCAGAAUUUUCCUCCAUCAAAGACUUCAAGAAGAUGGAAGAGCCCCAGCUAGAGGCCGGUGGAUGGACGCGGACUGGCUACGUGAAUGACACUGAUGAGGAAAUCCUUCUGACACCCCCGGGCCAAAUUCCGUACCGUGCACCGCACACCUAUGGGGACAUGAACCUGCCCUUCCCACCUGUGAUUUCUCGCUCGCAACAGCAGAUCGAGAUCGACAAUAAUCUCGGAUUCCCCCCGCUCAUCGGCGACCGCAAUAUUCCAUUCUGCUCUCCAUCCGAGUUCUCAACGGAAGACGUUACAGAGGAGAAAGCCCGAGCCCAGGCACACAAGAGGAAGCGCUCUCUAGCCGAACUGGCGAAGGUACCGAGAAAGAAGAAGCGAGAGUCGACAAAAACAACAGAACCAAGUGCGACGACAGAAGAAAAGCCAAAGAUCCAACGACUGAAACUAAAGCUUAAUCCUCCAACGGAGGCAGACAGACAGGCCGGUGCGGUGAUCGCCUCCGCCCCUGACGUCACUUUGUCACAGCGUGGGACAGCGGGUCGAGGUCGAGGUCGAGGUCGUGGCGGCCCUGGAACGCCGCGCGGUAAGGGAAUUUCUCGUGGUGCUUCUCGCGGUCGAAGUACGCCCCGUGGGUCUACUCGUGGUGCUCUUCGUGGGACCCCUCGUGGUGGAUCUUCCCGGGGCGGUUCUUCUCGUGCUAGCACCCCUCGCAGUCGGGGACGCGGCCGUGGACGUGGAAAACAAACUUGA